GAUCAAAUUACAUCAACGGUGCAGAUUUGAUCUGAUACAGAUUCACAGGCUGAUUGUAUUUCCCUCUUUUCCUUCAUCUUCCUUCUUCACUUUGCCACGCUUACGCCAGAUAAGCGUUUUCUGUGAAGGGAUUCCCCUGCGACUACUCCUUUCCAGAGAGAGAAUCCCCACAAUCAAGGUUUUCUUUGGCUCCUUUCUUUUUCCUACUGUUUAAUCUAAUUUAUUAGUUGGUCAGGGAUGGCACACAGUGUUAAUGAGGUGUCGAUGCAUGAUGAAUCUGGUAGUCUCGGGGCCAUUAUAGAGAUCAAAAUAAAAACAAUGGAUUCUCAAACAUAUACCUUGCAGGUGGAUAAGCAGAUGCCAGUACCUGCCCUGAAAGAACGUAUUGCUUCCGUGACUGGCGUUGUAACGGAGCAUCAACGCCUGAUAUGUCGAGGAAAGGUUCUUAAAGACGACCAGCUGCUGUCUGCAUACCAUGUGGAAGAUGGUCAUACUUUACACAUGGUAGUUCGAGAACCAACUGCGUCAUCAUCUGGGAGCUUAUCUGCUGAUUCAGCUGUUGAUCAGUCUUCUAGUGGAAAUCGUGGCGAAUAUUAUCAAGUUGCUCCUGGUAUUGUUGUUGAAACUUUUAAUAUGCCUGGACAAGGGGAUAGAGUACUUCCAGAUCUUAAUCGGAUCAUAUCUGCUGUUCUUGGUUCUAUGGGCAUAACUAAUCCUGGAAAUGGCAAUGAAGGAACUGGUAUCAGGGACCAUGUUGGUGAUAGACCUGGAGAGACUUCUAUUCUGGAUGGCACUGCAAAUACAACCCACACACGACCUGAACAAUCUGGGACGAGAAGCUCUAAUGAUAGAUCUAGGCUGUAUAAUACUUUCGGAGUCCCUACCGGUUUAUCAUUUGGAUCCCUACAGGCCACGGUGAUUCCUGAUGCUCUUGCGACCUUAUCACAGUACUUAAGUCAUAUGAGACAGCAAUUUACAGACAGUGGAAGGGUUAGUGAAACCGAUAGUGGGGUUUCUCGUCCUGAAAAUGAAGGUGGAUCCAGUCACCUGGCACAAUCGGAGAAUGUACAAGAAGGGCUUCCUUCUCCGGCAUCGUUGGCAGGGUUGUUGUCUGCUACAAGGCAGCUGCUAAAUGAGCAAGUUGAAGAAUGUUUGCGUCAACUAGGAAGGCAGUUAGAUAAUCAGCAGAAUGUGACAGAUCCAGCAGCAAGGGUUACUGCUCAAGCUGAUGCAUUGAGAAAUGGGGUUCUUCUACAGAAUCUAGGUGCAUAUUUUCUUGAGCUUGGUCGCACAGUCACGACACUGAGACUUGGCAGAUCACCUUCAGAAGCUGUAGUCAACGCCGGCCCUGCAGUUUUUGUUUCUUCGUCUGGCCCUAAUCCACUCAUGGUUCAGCCUCUCCCAUUCCAGCCUGGAGCUAGUUUUGGUACCCCUAUUUCAGGAACGUUACAACCUGGCUCUGGUUUGGCUAAUGGAAUUGGUACUGGUUUUGUCCCUAGGCGUAUAGAUAUACAAAUACGAAGAGUAGGCGCAUCGACUCAUCAAACUGAACCUGCUGGAUCUCGGCAAUCUUCAGCCCAAAGGAAUUCUACGACCAAUAGCAGCGGAGAGGCGCUGAUCAACCAAUCUUCUACGGGGACCUCGGGCCUUCCUUCUUCAAAUAGUGGGCCAGCUGUUCGUAUAUUACCUUUCAGGACAAUGAUGGCCGCAGUUCCUGACCUGAAUCGCUCACCUCAAGACUCUUCUGGUGGUUCCUUAGGAUUAGUAUAUCCUGUUCUUGGAAGGUAUUCAAGCAUACCCUCUGCGAACUUGAGUAGUAGAACAGGAAAUCAAGUGUCUGAUGAACACCAGUCUACCGGCGUCCAGACACAGCCGCAUAGCAGUCCUGAAUCUGCAUCUUUGCCACAGAAUAGUGAAGGUGCUGCUGGAAAUGCAGGUAUUGGUAGGGGUCCAGCUUCUGGCCUGGGACAAAGAGAGUCAGUUUCAUCUCGCACCAUUGAUAUCAACAUCCUGUCUGCAGGAGGAAUUCAGGGUGAUGAGAAUUCUGAGGGGCAGAUCCCUCCGGGUAUUUUUCAAUUUCUGAGAGGACUGUUCCCUGGCAGUGAGUUCCAAGUAGAGAGUGUCAGUUCCCAGGGAACAGGAACAGGUACAGGAUCUGUUACAGAGCAGGAAAGGACUAGCAGUGCAGUUGCGCAGGAAGCAGAACCACCGAUGGCUACUGAAGAAGGAAUAUUCUUGUCUAGGAUGCUUGAACAGAUUAUGCCUUUGAUUUCUGAGAAUUCUGGUACAACAGCUCAAGGUGUUGCAUACUCUGGUGGACAUCACGGAGAUGGCUCCGCUUCUUCAACUCCAGCAGAGGAUUAUGAAGUUGGGACAUCACGGCGGGAAGCUGAUGCUAAUCCUGGUCCAAAUCCUAAGCGCCGAAAGACGGAAUGACCUUCAACAUUGGAAUGUCCUGGUGCUUGGAGAUAGAGUUCUCGCGGAACAAAAAGAAUCGCAGUUGAGUUUCUUGAAGCAAUAUAGACUUGAUGGGAGGCAGGCAUAAAUUUGCUAGGCUCUAUUUUUGGUCUUUGCCUUAGAACAAUUUGGGCACCUGAAGGAGGAGAGGUUGUUUUUUGUUCUUUUAAAUCCUAUUUUUAUAUUUAAUAUUAUAUUUUUCUCCUCAAGUACUCUUUGUACAUGCAAUGCACAGAUUAUACAGAUAUACAUCUUUCGCUACUUAAUCACCUUUGAGGAUAUUCAA